AUGGAAAUGAGCUCUUCUAAUGGCGAUGAUCGCCCUGUGUCUGAACUUAAUGAUUCUAUAAACGAUCUCAUGUUAAAAUUGUCAUUACAAUCUGGCGAACCAAAAGGUAGUACAGAAUUCGCCAAUAGUGCGGAUAAAUUGAGUAGAAAGGGACUUAAAACUCUCUCAGAAGGAAACAUAGCUAAAUUAUUUGGAAAUACAAAUCACAAAUUUUGGAACACACAACCAGUUACUCAACCAGAUCAAAAAUUAACUGAAAAUGAUUUUGGACCCAUAAGCGACAUUGAUACUGUAGACAAAGUUAGAUCUGAUCCAUAUCCCUUACCUAGCGGCUUCAAAUGGGUUGUAUGUGAUAUACAUCAGGAAUCUGAUAGACUGCAGAUAUAUGAAUUAUUGAGGGAUCAUUAUGUAGAAGACAUGGAGAAGCUAUUCCGAUUUAAUUACUCGCAAGAAUUUAUCAAAUGGGCCAUCGCGCCUAAGGGAUACAUAAAAGAUUGGCAUAUUGGCGUUAAGAUCGAAUCCACGGAUAAAUUAAUUGGUUUUAUAUCCGCCAUUCCAUGCAAAUUGUCACUAUCUGGAACUUUAAUUAAUGCGGCUGAAGUUAAUUUUUUAUGCGUGCAUAAAAAAUUGAGAUCCAAGAGAUUAGCCCCUGUUUUGAUAAAGGAGAUUACGAGGAGAGUAAAUCUCAAGGCAAUUUGGCAAGCUAUUUACACGGCAGGUGUGAUAAUACCCACUCCCAUUGCCACUUGUCGAUAUUGGCAUAGGCCACUAGAUAUUAGGAAACUUGUACAAGUUGGGUUUAGUGGUCUAGGCAAUAGGAUGACUAUGAGCAUGGCUAUUAGGAUAUACAAAUUGCCGGAAGAAGUACCCAAAUACUUUAGGCCUAUGCAAAAAAAAGAUGUACCACAAAUACAUAAAUUGCUUUGCAAUUAUCUACAAAAAUUCAAAAUUUACACUGUAUGGACACAAGAAGAGAUAUCCCACUGGUUUUUGCCACAGAAAGAUGUAAUCUACGCCUACGUUAAGGAAACUGAUGGAAAAAUUACAGAUUUCACCAGUUUUUACAACUUGCCCAGUUCCGUGAUAAAGAGUGACAAGCACAAGAUUCUCAAUAUUGCUUAUUCAUACUACCAUGUUGCAAACACUAUUCCAUUUGAGAAUCUCAUCAAUGAUACCCUUAUAAUAGCAAAGUCAAUGAAUUAUGACGUAUUCAAUAUGAUCGAUCUGAUGGAUAAUAGAAAAGUAUUUGAGAAGUUAAAGUUUGGACAAGGUGAUGGAGACCUGCACUUUUAUCUAUACAAUUGGAAGUUUCCACCUAUUAAACCACAUGAAGUUGGAAUUGUGUUGAUGUAA